AGUCCGCUUAGCUAGCAGCACCAUUUUGGGGAGACACAUCGCCAAACCGUGUCUCUGGCAUUGUACAUUAAUUCUGAAAAAAGACACUAGAGUUAGCUAAUUUCUUGUGCAGGGUUUAAUUAGGAAGCUAGCAUAUUAUAGAUUAGAUUUAAACAAAAGAAUAUAAGGACGCCCUACACGGUCGCACAAGGCUGCUACUAGCUAGCUACCGACGCUAACUCUAGCUGGCUGUAAGGCUUUUCUCCACCGACGCAACGUUCACUGAGCCUGCAAGCGAAGUCUUCCAAAAUGAGCGCACCCUCCUCCCAAAAAGUCGUCCUGAAAAGCACCACCAAAGUGUCCCUAAAUGAGCGCUUCACUAACAUGCUGAAGAACAAGCAGCCCACUGCGGUAAGCAUUCGAGCCACCAUGCAACAGCAGCAUUUGGCCAGUGCCCGUAAUCGCCGGCUGGCCCAGCAGAUGGAAAACCGGCCCUCAGUGCAAGCAGCUCUGAAUCACAAGCAGAGCCUGAAGCAGCGCCUGGGGAAGAGCAACAUCCAGGCCAGGCUGGGCCGGCCCAUUGGGGCCCUGAUGCGCGGAGGAGCUGUCGGUGGCAGAGGUGGGAUGCGGGGGAUGACCAGGGGAGGCCUCAGAGGACGAGCCAGAGGAGGCGCAAUGAGAGGAGCACUGUCCAUGAGAGGGAAGCGAGUGCUUACAGGCGGCCCCAUGCGAGGCCGUGGCGCUGCUGGCCGUCUGGCAAUGCGUAGAGGAGGCCGCCACCGCGGAGGAGUUGCUGGCAGAGGAGGAGCUCUGUCCCGAGGAGCAGCACGGGGGGGAGUAGCCCGAGGCCGCGGUGGACUGCGCGGGCGAGGUGGUUUCGCUGGCCGAGGGGGGCGCGGCCGUGGGCGGGGCAGAGGCGUCGGCAGACCAGUCGUGACCCGCGAACAGCUGGACAACCAGCUGGACGCCUACAUGUCAAAGACCAAAGGUCACCUGGAUGCUGAACUGGACGCCUACAUGGCCCAGGCAGACCCAGACAGCAUGGAGUGAUGCUGAAGGACUCUGAAGCAGAAGCACACUGCGGAACUGCACAGCUGAACUCACACAUACCGUGUAGUGUAUUUUAUACCAGAUCGAUGUGCUGAGAAAUGAUUGUGUUACUAAGUUAGAUGAGUGGUGACCCAGGACUCUUAGCUUUGAACAGCAGGAAAAUCACCUGAAUGUGCUUCGACCUCCAUUCGAUCCUGCAUCAACCCGCUCCUGCAAAACCUUUUUAAUUCUGGAAUAACUGUGUGAAGGGACCUUUUUAAAAUAUUAACGAACCCUGCUGUCUAUAGAUUUGUGUUUUUUGUUUUUUUAUUUUUUAUAUAUGACCUGAGAAACACUUAAAACAGAUAUCUGUAAUGGCUUAAAAUUGGUGACGGUCCAGGAGAUGAGGUGUGUUGAAUUCCAUUAUUUUUUUUUUUUUUUUUAAUUAGAUUUUAGCGUUGCUGUACUCAGAUCUUUUGGGAUUCAUUAAUUUGUCUGUCUUGGAAUCAUUUGCAAUUCAAGACAUUUCUAAAUUAUUUGUUUAAAAAAAAAAGUUUUAAGCCAAGUACCCAUUUGUCUUUGUAUUUAAAAGAUGUAGAAGUUCUUUUGUUUCUCUGUAUCUUCCACCCGUCAGCACUCCUCAGUGCAGCGCUGGCACUCUUAACUUGUACUUGAGAGCAUUUGUAUGACGUUACCCAAAGCAAGUAAAAUAGGUUUUAAUUAAAAUGGAAAUUGUGAUUUCCCUAA